GAAUGCACCAAUGACCAAAAACUUGCAGACUGUGUCAUUGCACAGAGGUUGGUGUCAAAUGAUGAUGUAGAAGCGUCUUCAUUUGUCUUCUGCAUCUUUGAUAACCUUGACAGCCUUAACAAUCUUGACGAUAAAGUGGCUGAAUGA